CCAUGCAGAUUUGAUGCAUCUCUGAGCUCUGGGUGAAACGUGCAUCACCUCUCCCAUCUGCUGGCUACUACUGCUCAAGCGCAUGCGCAAUCCAGCUCUCCAUCAUUUCCAAUAUCCCAGUGUAGGAGAACCAGCAGAGGCAGAUAACUAAUAGAAACCAUGGGAGCACCACUACCGAACUGCAUUUGGGAACCAAUAUGUUGAACACCAAUAUGUUGUCCGACUGAGGGAUGAUAUUCUGGGUGGCAAAAGACAAAUGGUAAAAAAUUAAUAAUAAAAGACUUUCUUAAGAAAAUACAGCACGUGCCGAAUCCUGGCCUUCACAUUUCCACCCAGCAUCUUCUCAAGUCGGAUGGCUCUGAGUGACAAGAUGCGGUAAUGGAUGUCCAUGCACCAUUCAGCACUGUAGCCAUGAAGCAGCUCAAAGGGUAGGGUCUGCCGUGAGCUCGUCUCACCCUACCCGGCCACCCGCCGCCCCAUAAGCUCCUACCGAGAGCAGAGUCCCACACUGAAGCAUAAACCUGCAGCCUUACCCUUCUCCUCAACCCUCCCACCACCACCUCCACCACGGCUUUGGAAGACAAACAUGACGUUCAUUGCGAAGACACUGGUUGAUGUCUGAUGUAUAUACCUUUGAGGUGUUGAGCGUAAAACCAGUGGAGCAAUGAAUGGCGGAAAGGACUGUGAGGUGGGAGACGAGAGGCAGGCCGUCCCUGUCCAGGUCCCCAUUGGCUGGCAGCGCAAGGUGGAGCACGGCGGAGGGGUUGCAUACAUAAGUCCCAGUGGCUCGGUGCUGUCCAACUUGGAGCAGGUGAAGACCUACCUGCUGACAGAUGGAACCUGCAAAUGCGGCCUGGAGUGCCCACUCAUCCUCCACAAGGUAUUCAACUUCGACCCAGGGGCAGCUGUCAAGCAGAGAACAGCGGAGGAUGUGAAAGCAGAUGAAGACGUCACCAAACUCUGCAUUCACAAGAGGAAGCUCCUGGCUGUGGCCACGCUGCACAAGAGCAUGGAGACACACCCGCCUCUGACGCUGACCAGUCCAGGAGGAGGUACAUCAUCUGUGGUCUCUGCUCACUCUACAACUCAACGAGCAAUAAGGACUAAACCCCACGACAGCUUGCCUAAUGCUGUUGGGCCGGACUGCAAGAAUCCUUUCAAGAUGAUGAUGGCAGCUGGACAGCAGCAGCAGCAGAGGCUGUAUCAAUCCCAAGAGAUGGGUGCACCACACCAGCCAGAGGUCUACUCUGGAUACCCAAGGUCCCAAAGGCUAGGCAGUGGGGAUCCAGGCCCCAAAUCUCCUUACCGGGCUGGGUAUGGAGGCAUGCUGAGCCCACCUCCCACCAGUGCUAAGCUGUACAGAGAUGGCUCACAGUCUCCCAGCACAGACACUCUGGGCAGUCCUGAGUGCUUUCCAAGGACCAAUCCUUGUGUUUUUCCAGCAGGCGGCAGUCCUGGCUCAGCUUCCAUCCACGGGAAUACUAGAACACCUCUUUCCCCUCCCAGUGUCAUGCUUCAUGGCUCUCCUGCAGGCCAGUCAUCCUGUGCCAUGACAGGAAGGACUAGUACGCCCCUCUCCCCGACGGCCACGGCCAAAAGUCCUGUCAUGAACAUGAACAUGCCACGGGGGAACUUCCCCCCUGGUAUGGAUAUGCCCCGUGUAUCAUUUCACCAUAAAACACAGCCCCCUGUGCACCCUGUCCCACCCCCUCCAUCUAUACCUCCAUCCUGUGCCCUUCAGAAAAGGCAGUUGACCUCUGAAAAAGACCCCUUAGGUAUUCUGGGCCCCAUCCCCAGCAAACCAGUCAGCCAACCCCUCAACCCCUCCAACUUCCAGCCUAACAUCCACUCUCAGGUACCAAUGAUGAAUGUAAACAUACCCCCUCCUGCCAUUGUCCCCUUGCCAAGCAACUUACCUUUACCCACAGUGAAGCCUGGGCCUGUGGGGCAUGGUGGCCAUGUUCAAAGGACUCAGCAGGGUGGUCCAGCUUCUUCCAUGUCCCCAUCCCCUGUCACUUCUCCUGUCCACAUGACUGGGCCUGCCCUUGGGAGAAUAGAGGCCUCACCUCAUCGCUCACGCUCAUCUUCCACCUCCUCUGACCACGGGAACUUUGCAAUGCCUGUGGGACACCAGGCCCCAUGUGGCACCAUGAAGGUCCCUCCUCGUUCCCCCAGGUCUGCCAUGGGAUCUCCCAGGCCAGCCAUGCCCUCCAGCCCCUCCGCUAAUAAAGGUGACCCACUCCAUCAGUACAAAGACUCCCAGUUGCUGCCCGGGAUGGGAAGCUCGAUUGGCAACCAGCAGCACAGCAACUCCAUGUACUCACCCACCUCUUCCUCCUCGUCAUCAUCAUCUCUAGCAACCCCCAGCGCUUCCCAGAAGGGCCACCCGGGACUCCUGGGGAUGCCCCUCAACCAAAUCCUCAACCAACAGAAUGCUGCUUCCUUUCCUGCCAGCAGUCUCUUGUCAGCCGCAGCCAAAGCACAGCUAGCAAAUCAAAACAAACUCAGUGCUGCUGGCAACAGCACCGCUGGCAUGGCUGCUGGUGGUGUUGGUAUGGCAGGCAUGGGGACAGGUGGCGGAGGUAAUGGAGGGGGUGGUGGGCAUCCUGGCUCUAUGAGCGGCCCUCGAGGCAUGGAGGGACACAGCACUUUAAACCCCAUGCUCCCGCCGAACUCCACCAUGCUGCUCAACACUCCUGAGGGCCAAAGUGGUCGGGCGGCCCUGAGAGACAAGCUCAUGGCCCAGCAGAGAGACCCCAUGCGCAAAAGGAAGCAGUCAUCGGGCAGUGCUGCUGUAAACCAUGACAGCAGUAACAACAUCGUCUACAACAUGCUCAACAAACCAGGCAUGGGAGGGCCCCACAUGCCGGGGCCCAGUGCCACUGAGCAGCUGCGAAAAGUGGGUCGUCUUGGAAACCUUCCCCAAAACACCUCUAUGGCCCAGCUUCUUCAGUCCAUGAGCUGCCAGAGCUCCCACAACCUGAGUGUGAGCAGCCAUCGCCCAGGUAUUAGCCCCGGCCCAGGUCCUGCUCCUCAAGGAGCUGCCCAGCUGCACUACAGUGACGGCACAGUCAUGGUCCCUGGUGGCCCUCAGCAGAACCUCCUAGCCCAGCAGAGGCUGCGGGUCCCAGGAGAGGCCAUGCAGCACUGCCAAACCAUGGACACCUCUGGGGGCCAUCUGGGCCCUCGUCCAGGCCAGUUUCCUGACAUGAUGGCCCAGAUGCAGGCCUCCUCCAUGAGUAACUGUGGGCCUAUGGGGCCAGGCGGUGGACCAGUGGGCCCUGAUGGCAUGCCACUGGGACGCCCCAACACUAACCCCCCACCACUGUCCCAUCCUGGCCCUCAUCCCUCACAGCAGAACCUCCUUCAUGGUAUGGGCCGGACUACCAUGAUAGUUGUGCCACAUGGAGGUGGUGAUGGAGGCUGUGCACAGACCAUUUCUGAUGCAGGAAACCUGCCGUCCCUUGGCUGUGGAAUGGGUGGCCUGCAGCCACACGUCAACACCAGCGGAGGUCAGCUGUACCAGCAGCAGAUCCACCAGGGCAUGCAGCAAGGAGUGGUCUCCCACCCAGCCUACCAGGGCCAGCAGCACUUCUCUGACAACCCACCCUACACAGACAGCAACAGUGCUACUGCUGGCUCCAUGGCCUGCCUCUACCAGAACUACCAGCAAGGGAUGUUGUCACAUCCCCAGUUUGGGGAAGGGCAGCAGCCGCAGGGCGAUGGGCUUCCAGUGGGUACACCUAGUUCUGACAGGGGCCCUGGCGAAGGCCCAGAGUCGGUGGAUGCCAUCUACAGAGCUGUGGUGGACGCCGCCAGCAAGGGCAUGCAUGUUACCAUAACCACCACAGUGAGUGGGACCACACAGGCGAGCCCGGUGCCAGCCCUCAGCGCCAUGAGUGCCUUCACUGCCUCUAUAGGGGAGCCUGUCAACCUCCCCCAAGCAGUUAGUGCAGUCCUACACGGACACCAGGAAGGAGAGGUGUUACCUCAGCAAGCCAGACUGCAGCAGGUAAGGACGGGACGGGGCCAGAAGAAAACAGAUCUAGGGAAGAGCACUCCAGAUGGCCCGGAGGCCAACGAUUUCUUCCGCUCCCCUGGCCGUGGGACUCCCAGGGGGCAGUGGGAUGGAGAGAUGCUGCAUGGGGGAAGCUUUGAUACUCACAGCAACAACAGCGCCUGGAGUGGUGAGGAGUUUUUGGAGUGCUCUACCCAAGUGAGGAGUAGUCCCUGCAUGGAGCGACCUGCCAGCUUGGCUCCCGCCCCACCAUGCCCAACUGAGGGGCCAAAUGACCACGGUCUGGCCCAUGAUGGCUAUCGCUUCAACAACUGCAGCCGGACACCUGCAAACUACAAGGAACGUCUGGAGCAGACAGUGGAACGGUGCGCCCACAUCAAUGGUGUCACUCCCCACUUCAACACCCGAGGUUACGGAGAAGUCCUGGGGCCACCCCGGCAGGAACUGACGGGGGACGACCAGUCGCCCAGUUCCUCCACUAGCCUGGAGGGACCCCUGGCCACAGUCAAAGACUACAGCCAGUACAACGGCCACUUUAACGGCAUGGCCCCCAGCCCCUCGGACACGAAGAGCCUGAGCAGCGAGGAGGACCCGCCCUCCUCAGAGCUGCUUCACUACCGGCCCAGGACCUUCCACAUGGGAGAGCUGGUCUGGAGCCAGCUGAAGGGCUUCCCAUCCUGGCCUGCCAAGCUGGCCGGUGAUGAACAAGUACGCAAUGCAGCUAUGCAGCUGCGGGAGCAGGCCAAGGUUGAACCAGAGAAGCUAAAAACACUAACCCACGACUUGGAGGCACUUGACCGAGCCGCCAAGAGGGGCCUCAAACCAGGGAAACUGAAUAAUGACUUGGAAGCUGCUAUCCACGAGGCCAUGAGUGAGCUGGACAAGAUGUCGGGCACAAUCCCGUCAAGAGAUCGUCAGGUGAAGCUCCCCAAGCCCAAGAGGAGGAAGAUAUCCAGAUAACAUUGAAUGUGUCCAAGAACAGAGACUUGGCCCGUUCAGCCUUGAUGCGAUCUGAGCUCUCUACCAGGUGCUACACAUGGACUUUCAGUGGUACAUCGUUGUUCCAUGAUAUCAACUUGACUUAAUGACUGACCACAGAAGGUGCUGGAAAUUCCAAUCACCACUACAGUUUUAACUGUAGGAAAAAAGACAACUAGAGAAGAACAUCAAAUGGUUGCAAUUUGUCUAAAGCUCACGGAAUUAACUAUUUUUUUCUAGUAUAAGAUGGUAAAAUAAACAAAAAAAGCUGCAAGCAUUACCUUACAUAUUUAAGAAAAAUAGACAGUCCAAAUAUUUCUGAUACAUUUUCAAUAUGUAUAUAGAUAAUCCUGAAAUUUCAUGCUAUUAAGAAUUGUAUGUAAAUAUUGUACAAUGUCAUGUACAAGCAUACCUAAUGCACAUUUUAUCUUUUAUUGUACAAAACAAAGCAGAAGAGGUGUACCAAUGUCAUGGUCUCUAUUCAGCAGUGCGGCUGCGUAUGGCUGCGCACAUAGGAUAAGUCAGAAUAGAGCCUAAAGCUUUUAUAUGAUGAACUGUAAGACAUGUUCUCUUUUUUUAAUUUUAUUUUAUUUUUUAUUUCUUGUUAAGGGAACAGCAGUGAACAGGCAUGAGUAUAUGAGUUCUCCAUCACCAGUCACUUCACACCAGUUAAGUGUUCAUUUGUAUUGGGGAAAAAAAAACAAACCAGAAUGAACUUUACCAGCACAGUGUUCAGUGUUCCCUAAGCAUGGUGGGAAGUCGCCACCGGCCGGAUGAAUGUUGCUCCAGCAGCUGCUCUGAUGUGUGAAAUUCUUGGGUUUACCAAACUCACAACCUGGCUGACAACGGAAAGUUGGUUACUGGCACGUUUUAGAAGGAAAACUCCACCCUCGGGCACUUUGGCAUCAUCAGGUGUCAUUUUGUGUUGCUCCUGGACUUUCACAAGAACACUAGAGAAUUAACUGACAUUUCUGAGUGAACCAGAAGUUAGUGACUUUACACAUCUUCCUAUAUAGAUGAGUCGUUGAUUGGGCGUUACCCUGAGCUUGAGAAGGCAGGACUGUAUUUAUUCAUACUUUAAAUGAUGAAUCAAAAAGUACUCAUCAGGUUAAUCAGUCAUGCAGUCAGCAGUCGCCCCCCUGCUUUGUAACCGCUUAUCACAAAUAUGAGGAUGCAUAUCUACAUGUCAUCAGUGGUGGAAAGUGCUAGUCCAGCUUUGAGGCAUGUGUGCUUUACUUGAGUCAUGAAAUCAUUUCCUGCUACUUCACUACAUCUCAGAGACAAAUCUUGUACUUCUUACUGCACUACAUGUAUUUGGUAACUUCAGUUCCCUUUCAGAGUCAGAUAAACCAAAUGCAGUCUAAUCAUCAGACUCUACUGAUCCCCAGUGGGAAACUCACAAGCUACCCAGCAGUAUUAAAGUACUUAGCAUUACAACAUGAGCUCUGCUUUUACCAGCUGCAACACUAAACUGCUGAGCACAAUAAUGCGUCAUUAUAAUCCAAUAUUUGGAAUAUUUUUACACUCUGGUGUUGCUACUUUUACUUAAGUAAAUAAUUGUAGUACUUCUUCCACCACCCUUUGGUCGUUGUCCUCCAAUCUGAAGCGUCUCAUGCUCAGGUGAACAUGAUUAGAAACCAGUUGGGAGCGUCAGUCAAGUUUUUCUACAUCCCAGUGAGGGGUGUUUCUCAUUUACAUGAUGUUUGAGGUCACAGAACUCUCUUGUCACUGGCUUCGUCUUAACAGUUAGCCAGCUGUCCACAUGGGGACAAACACUGAACCUUGAAAUACUAACUAAAGUCACUACUGAGUGUUUCUGGGUGGAUUUUUCCUUCAACAGCCAAGAAUCACAGGCUGCAUUGAAUUGUCAUUUGGCCGUUGUGAUUAUGUUCUUGUGCUUGUUUUGUACAGUGUGUUUUUUUUUGUUUGUUUGUUUGUUUGUUUGUUUUAUUUCAGCUAUAGCAUUAGGUAGAGUAACCAACCUGUAGAUUAUCAAAAGGAACACUAACUCUGUUUCAGGAGCAGUGAAAGCACCUCUCACAUUUAGGGGCCUUGUGCUUUUCUUUCCCUUUUUGAUGUAAAUUAUUUAUGUACAGUACUCCAUAUUUAUUUUAAGCUUUACAAAUAUGCUAGAUGGCAAUAAUAUUACCAAGAGUUGAGAACUCAAGCCUUAUAUGUGUACAUGUAUGUUGUUGUUGGUUGUUUUUGUUGUUUUUUUUAACAAGUGAACAGAUCAUGUUUUCCGACUCCAUUACAAAAGUCAUGUUCCCUUUUAUUUAAGACUUGAGCAUUACAGAUAAGUUGUCUUACAGUGAGGUUUUCUGGUCCACUUGUUUUUGUUACACACCAUGUCACUGAUUGCUUAGUUUUUAAGAACCACACUAUUUAUGAAUAUGCACAUCUGAAAAGGCAAAUAGCAUUUAUGUUGGGAAUAAAAGCAGCUGUAACACUACAAAGUAUUGAGAACAUUUCAAGCCGAAAAGCAAAAAUCAUCACUUGAGAGCGUGAGAAUCGACAGUGAUGCACAGUAUUACAACUCUGGAUCAACACCACACACACACACACACACACACACACACACACACACACACACAGACAGGGCUGCUCCUCUAGAUCAAAGUCAACCAAGUGCAAUACAGCAGUCGAUGGCAAAGAUCAACGAUCCUCUUGUGCACACCUUCAGCAGCAUGGACUGUAAAUUGUUGCCAGUUUUCAAACUGUCAACAUCUCUUGUGCACAUACUCUGCCACUUUUUCUUUUUUGGUAACAAUGUCCAUGUUAUUCAGAUGCCAUGAAAUAGUGCUGUACCUUCACACACAUGCCAUAACCAUCAACACCAACAGUCUCAUUGAACCCACAUCGAGCUCUAACGCACACACUGAACUCUGAAAUCACUGAAUUCAACUUUUCAGUCGGAAUUAACUGCAUUUCUAUCAGUGAACUGAACCAUUACAGAUGUUGCUCAUGUGCAAACCUUACAACCAAAUAGUGCACUACUUAGUGAGGAGAUUGGUCCUGUCAUGAAAACACUACUGUUAAAACACACACACUGUUAAAAACUUUGGGUGUGCACAAAGGUUUGGUAACCCCAGACAAAGUUUUACUAUAAUACAUGGCCCACAUAUGUAACCCACUUUUAUAUUGUGUCCUAAAUGAGGAGCCUCAGUCAUACUAUGAGUUGUAGCCAAGUAAACACUUUCAACAGGUCUUGCAUACACUUAUUUGUACUGUAUUAUCUGAUGAGAUCUUUCACUUAUUUCAAAAAAUGUCAUACCGUUUGUGUCGUGUGCACACUGGAAAACUGAAGGACAUUUUGAAAAAGCUCAGUUUCUUCCCUGAAUUUGUCACAUCAAAAAAUACCUGAUCACACUCUUAGUUGGGCCUGUUUGAUGAUGCAGAUGUCACUUAAUCCCUCUGAAAAUGUCCUGCUAAACAUACUCAUCCUUGUCAAAACACCCCAUUUUUCAGCAUGCACACUUUGAAUAACCUCUGAGUUGAGUUUUUUCUGUAAGCAAUCCUCCGGCCGUUUGCAAAGUGUCAUUUGGUGUCAGGAACACGAGCUCUUUUGGUAAAGUUCAUUCAGCCUCUUCCUCUGUUUUUUUGUGCAAUGACAUGCAGGAACCCGGUAUCAUGUUGGGAACCCAUGUGUUAUGGAUCUGUUAUAACAGUUUCAUGUUAUUUGUGGUCAAGAAUUUAAAGCCUUUUGUGUUUGAGAUGAGUCUGUGCAGUCUAUUUUUUUUUUCUCCUCCUGCCUGUGACUGUGUGUUGUGCGGGUGUGUUUUAUUGUCUCCUGCUCUUCAAAUCUCAUUUCACUCUCCUUCUUCCACCCUUUUGCCAGUAUUUUAUUGUUUUCAACUUGUACUUAAGUAUAUAUUUUCUCACUAAUAUAUACUUUACAAAAAAUAGAAGUGUGUGAAGUAUGAUGUGCACUUGAUUGCUCUUGUUUAUUUUUCUUUUUGCAUUAAUGUGCGCUAGGGAUAGUUUGUCAGGCCAUCUUUUUGAGAUUGUUUGGACAUUUUUUUAAUGGUUUGAUGUAAGCAGCAUUUUUGUAAAUAUUGUCAAACAUUACAGGUCAUGCAGUGAUGUAACAUUUUGAACAAUGUUGCACAGAUGUUUAAGAUAUUAAA